AUGGCAGCCCCGAGCCAGACGUUCCAAACUGCCAUUCCUUCAAUGUCCCGCAACAACAUCGCCGACAUUAACUCUGUCAAUAACUCGACCUGGAGCAAUCGGGCCGUCAUGAUAAUAGGUGCCGGCACCAGAGCUGCCGAAUCAGUAGUCGCAUCUUUCGCAGCCGCUGGAGUAGGCCGAAUCGCGCUGCUUGGUGUCAACGACAUGUCUAGUAGCCGUGACAUGGCAGUCAAAGCUGCCUGUGCUGGCAAUAUGGAGAUACCAGACAUGCUCGUGUUCCGCCUCGACGGUGAGAACUCUGUUACGAUCGUCGAGGCGGCCGAGGAGGUCUCUCAGAAAUGGGGACAUAUCGACAUCAUGAUUCACCACGCCUACACCCCGCUCACACCCUCAAAGGUGGACAGUGAAGGUGAGCGUAUGGACACAAACCAUUCGUGGAAGUCCUUUGAAGCCGGCGUUAGAACUGUCUACGAGUCGCUUAAUCAGCUCCUGUUCCUGGUACUUGCAGGAUCUGAGAAGACAUUCAUCAACAUAUUCACGGAGUCAAGCACCCAGCCAGCAGUGGGUGUCAACAUGAUGGUUGAAUUGCUCAAUAGGCAGAUGACAGACUCUCUCAUGCUUGAUCACGGCCAUAAGGGCCUUUUGGCAUAUUCAGUACACUCUCCGGCAGCCAACGCAGCAGAGCUGGGUGGGGCCAUGAUCGUUCAACUGACCAAGAACAGGAACGAAUGGUUGGCCGGUCGUCAUAUUUCCAGCAAGCAAAACGUGCAAGGGCUCCUCUCUCACCGAGAAGAAAUUGUUCGCAGGGACCUCCUGCGGUUCAAUUCAUCUCUCUCAUUCGAAUUACCGUCCGAACAGGCCUGGCAUCCCUUUCUGAAGCGUCGGGGCCGUGUUCCGCGAAGCAGCUUCUAA